AAGCCCUUCUCAACGAGGUACCACGAGUGGCACUGACAAGCGACAACUGGCGAGGAGGAGGUGAGUGGUGAGAGCGUGGGAUCGUUCAUGGACUCCGCGGCGGAGCCCCUCCUGCCGCAGCCGGCGACCGCCCUGGACCACCUCGGCCGGCCGGUCUCCCACCUCACAUCCGGCCGGUGGCCAGCUGCCGUCUUCAUCAUCGGGGUGGAGAUCUCGGAGCGGUUCGCUUUCGCUGGCAUCUCGGGGAACCUGAUCAGCUACCUGACCGGCACGCUCGGGCAAUCCACGGCGUCGGCAGCGGCGGCCAUCAACGCGUGGAACGGCGCCGCGCUGAUGCUGCCGCUGCUCGGUGCCGCCGUCGCCGACUCCUGGCUCGGCCGCUACCGCACCGUCAUCGGCGCCUCCCUCCUCUACAUCCUGGGACUUGGCAUGCUCACCCUAUCAUCAAUUCUUGUGCCACAACAACCGCCACAAUUUGGAUACCAUGUGGAUUCUUCUGUAUCAUGGACUUCGGGUAUUCAAUUAGCUUUCUUCUAUGCGUCCCUGUAUACAGUGGCCUUUGCUCAAGGUGGCCAUAAACCUUGUGUCCAAGCAUUCGGGGCAGACCAAUUUGAUGAGAAUGACCCUGAAGAAUGUGCCUCAAGGAGCUCCUUCUUCAAUUGGUGGUACUUUGGGACGUAUGGAGGCAAUAUUAUUACAGUUUCCAUCUUGAAUUACAUUCAAGAUAACGUAAGCUGGCAGUUUGGGUUUGGAAUCCCAUGCAUCGUUAUGUCUCUUUCUCUUGCAGUUUUCUGGGUUGGGUCCAAGAAAUAUCGCUUCUAUCCUCCUAGAAGUAGCGAAGGGCUAUUUGGACAUAUCAGCAAAUUGCUUCAAGAAUGGAUUCAACGCUGGUGUGCAUCAUGGUGUCCAAAAUCAUCCGAUGAUUCUCACUGUGCAGCAUCGUCAUCAUCUAAGGGAGAUAAGCAUGACGUAGAAAAGAAGUGCUAUCCCUAUGAGGCAGUUGCGGUGCUUAAAUUACUCCCAAUAGGAGCAACCUGCCUGGUCUAUGCAGUUGUUUUUGCCCAGUGGAUGACAGUCUUCACUAAGCAAGCAAGUACACUAGAUAGGUGGAUAGGUAGCAUACAAAUACAGGUACCAGCUGCUACCCUUCAAAGCCUGAUUAGUGUGUCAGUCGUCGUCUUUGUUCCUAUAUAUGACCAGAUCCUCAUUUCGCUAGCUAGGAAAUACUCGAAGAACCCUUGUGGCAUCACAACGUUGCAACGUAUUGGAAUUGGCUUGGUUAUCUCUGUGAUUCUGAUGGUUGUCGCAGCCCUUGUGGAGAUGAGAAGGCUCAGGAUAGCAAGAGACUAUGGCUUAGUGGACAAACCUGAGGUCACAAUACCUAUGAGCUUUUGGUGGGUAGUCCCUCAAUUCGUUCUGUCUGGCUUGGCGGACGUGUUCACAAUGGUCGGCUUGCAAGAAUUUUUCUACGACCAAGUACCAGAUGGUUUGCGCAGUUUGGGCCUUGCAUUAUACUUGAGCAUAUUUGGAAUUGGGAGCUUCAUCAGUAGCUUUCUUGUGUAUGCAAUCGACAAGGUAACAAGUAGAAGCGGAGAUAGUUGGUUCUCUAACAAUCUGAACCGAGGGCACCUUGAUUACUUCUACUGGCUUUUGGCUGUGCUCAAUGUUUUUGGGUUGGCUGCUUUCCUGUAUUUUUCACAAAUGUAUACCCACAAGAAAAAGAGUGUUUCAAUACAGUGAUUUUCUGCCAACACCCAUCAGAGAUAAAUAUGCCGAGCAAUCAUGGCUGGUGUCUGUGAAAGUUAUAUAUGCAAAGGCUAUCAGGCUGGAA